GCCGGCGCCCAAGUGGGAGGACGGCAGCUGCCCGCUCCCUCCUCCCGACACCCCCGCUACCUGCCCGGUCCCCCAACGAAGCGUGAGGAGGCUGAGAGCCCGUGGGGCCGAGCCCGCAACUUUGCAGCCUCGGGGAGGGCGAGAGCCGGCGUCCGAGGCUCCUCUUGUCGGCGACCAGAGCUCGGAAUGUGAUCGAGGAUGCUGGCCCUGAGGCUGCUCAACGUGGUGGCCCCCGCCUACUUCCUGUGCAUCGCCCUGGUGACCCUGGUGCUGCAGCUCUUCCUCUUUCUGCCCCGAAUGCGUGAGGACCCCACGGCCGCCCGCCUCUUCUCGCCCGCCCUGCUCCAUGGGGCGCUCUUCCUGUUCCUCUCCACCAACGCCCUGGGCAACUACGUCCUGGUCAUCCAGAACUCCCCGGACGACCUGGACGCCUGCCAGGGGGCCGAGGCCAGGAGGGCCCUGUGCCCCCCGCCCAGCACCCACUUCUGCCGCGUGUGUGCCAGAGUCACCCUGAGGCACGACCACCACUGUUUCUUCACCGGCAACUGCAUCGGGAGCAGAAACAUGCGAAACUUCGUCCUGUUCUGCCUCUACACCUCGCUGGCCUGCCUCUACUCCAUGGUGGCUGGCGUGGCCUACAUCUCCGCAGUCCUUUCCAUCUCCUUUGCCCACCCCCUGGCCUUCCUCACGCUCCUUCCCACCUCCAUCAGCCAGUUCUUCUCUGGAGCUGUCCUCGGUUCUGAAAUGUUCGUCAUCCUCAUGCUUUACCUCUGGUUUGCCAUCGGCCUGGCCUGCGCUGGCUUCUGCUGCCAUCAGUUGCUGUUGAUUCUCCGGGGGCAGACCCGCCACCAGGUGCGGAAGGGGAUGGCGGUGAGAGCCCGGCCUUGGCGCAAGAACUUACAGGAGGUCUUCGGGAAGAGGUGGCUCUUGGGCCUUCUGGUCCCCAUGUUCAAUGUUGGAAGCGAGAGCUGCAAGCAGCGGGACAAGUAGCGGGCGCUCCCUUCAUUCCUCUGUGUGUGUGUGUCUGUCUUGACUCCUCGUGAACAUGAGACCACAGCACCCUGUCUCCACCCAUGACCCACUACAGCGUUGGACUGGUAAGGUCCUAGCAUCCACCCCGGGUCUGUGACACCAAAGAACUGUGUUGGUUGGUGGAUCAUGACAAGGAGGAAAGAAGGCCACCUAGGCAUUGCUAGGCUCCCCCAUGAGCCAGCCUGGUGGUUGGUAAUUGUUCAGAGGCCUCCGCUUUUGUUUCCUUCUCUUGGGUGCCUGCUUUCCCUGUCUGCCUGGUUUACACACCCUCUACCGAGUCUCCUGUCUUCACUGCUAUUGCUAGCGCUUUUCCUCUCAACCCUAGAUUAGGAGUGGGGAGUGGAUUCUUACUGCUGGUAUGAUGCUCCCUAAGGGCCUGAAAUCUGGCAAAAAUGUUCAAGAUGACCAUGGGUGAGAGGCAGCCAAGUCAGCUCUGCCAACUGCUAGUGAGGUUGGGAAAGGAGGGUCAUGUGUCCUCAUCGCCUCUGUGGAACUGUGGACAGUGGAAGGGAAAAAGAACUCCAUAGCGUGCUUCCCAGCCCCCAAGUUGCAAGGCCUUUUCUCUGGGAGACAGAAGCCAAUGGCCUGGGAUUUUCCAGCUGCUGUCCCCUGUCCGCCCCUCCCUAGCUGGCCCCCCAGCUCAGUCCAGGACCUGGCUUCUUUUCCCUGGCACUCUUCCAGCCUUUGCCAUUGGUCUCCAACCUCCAGGUCUUCCAUAGAUGAUGGGAAGACAAGGAGGAAGGGAGAAGGGAAAGGAGAUACUGAUAAACGAGAGAGAGGUGUGUGACUGUACAACCACAUGGAAGAGGGCGUGUGUGCGCGUCUCUGUGUGUGGGGGUGGUGGUGAGGAAUGUCGUUAUGAAAAUAGGGACAAAAUAGGAGGAGGGAGGGUCACGCAGAGGUUGGGCACUGGAAUAUUUUAGGACUGAGAAUGAGGGGGGGCAAAUGGGCUUAUUUCUGAAGGACAUUCUAGCAGCUAAAGCUGCUCCAUGUUUGAAUGGUUGCCUGGAGAGAUAGUGAGUGCCCCACAACUGGAGGUAUUCCAGAAGGGACUGGGCAGUCAUCUGAUAGGUGUGCGGUGGAAGGAAUUUCUGCACAGGGUCAGGGAAAGGAAGCUCCUCUCCACCCCAUGACCCCAGUGUCCUCUUCCUGAGCACAAAAGGACCCCUUGCCAGGUCCAGAGGCAAGACCUGCUGCAGACAUGCCUGGGAGUUAUUUGCCUUCACAGAGGAUGGGGCGGGUAGGGAGGGGUCUGAAAAUCAUGAUGCAACCCUACCCAACCACCAGGGAGACAGUCUCUCAAGAGACAGGACUACUAGGUUUUAAUGCUACUUGAAGGUGUCGGCAUUUGAGAACAGGGAAAUGGAGCCGUUUCAGGAGCAGAUUGGAGCAGUGGUGGGGAAAGCAAAGCUGGAAGGUGAUGCUUGACUCUGAGGAGGGAGAUAGGGAGAGUGCAGGCUCAAGAAUGGGGGGAGCAGAAUAUAAGGUUGCAAAUAGGAGACCAACCUUGACUGACUCUGGAUGAAGGCGCUGCUGUGUGUUCUGGGACCCAGAUGACCAGACCCCUGGGUUAUAUGAGGGAGUGGAGACAACACAAAUGACCCCCUCCUGACUGGGUCCCAAGGCCAUUCUGCCAUCCAGCCUGCUGAAGCCCACACUCCAGUGUCCAGCUGGUAGUCACAGCGACCUUAACCAUGGCUGCACAACACCGCACAACACCUUGAGUUCUUGAGCAGAGCCUGGGAAGUUUCUGCCUUCAUGCCUCUGAGAGAAUUGAUGUAAUAAUAGUGCCACCUGCUCAUACUUCUCCCUCUUAUAUUCACGCAUUCAUUCAUGCCUCCUACUGUAUUUAUUGAGCACCAACCAUGUGCCAAGUCUCUACCAGGCACUGGUAUACAACACUGAAAUAGAUGGUGAGAUCCCUGCCCCCGGGAGCAUCCAGUUGCUGUCCCCAUGCACUGACUCCCACCCCCUGAAAAAUGGUUACUCUGCCGUCUUGCCGGACAGCAGAACAGGUCAUUUGGAAGGGAAGGAUGUGGCAGAGAGGGUGUAAGGGGAGCCCAGGCUUCCAGGAUGGAGGGGUUAUUGAGGGGAGGGGAGCAUGCUCACCCUCAGUUCUGACCACACUGAAGCAGUGGGAGUGAAAGAGGAGCAGGGAGACCCCAAAGUCCAGGCUUGGAAGCCAGCCCUGACACACUCCAACUCCUGGAGGCUCAGCCCUUGUGAAGGAGCAAAAGACAGAUGAUGCAGGGAGUCAUAUCCUGGCUGACUGGCCACAGGGAGGGGCAGUAGGGAGGUUGCCAAGUGUGGGGCUUGAGUAAUAUUUGUAUACACGGCUAAGUAUUG